AUGUGGACUUCGACUACGCUCGCCGUCCUAUGUGGCUGCACUUUACUGCUCACAGGACCUGGUUUUGCCAAUGGUCAACUGGUCACCUCAUUCUCUGGAACCUAUCAGGGUUCUAUUCUUACUGGUGACAACGGUCAGCAAUACAACGCUUUUCGGGGAAUCCCUUAUGCGGAACCGCCCACUGGCGACUUGAGGUUCAAGAAAACUGUACCCAAAGCACCCUUUUUUGAAAGCGUGUACGAUGCCACGAAAUUCGGGCCGUUCUGUAUCCAAGGCUCCGCAUGGGUUCCCAUCGUUGGCCCAGGACAAGAGGACUGCCUCUACCUGAAUGUCUACACUCCAACUUCCAAGCCAACGUCAGGCAAGCUUCGAAAGGUGUUUGUUUACAUCCACGGAGGGAGCAACACAGGAGGGAACUCUAACACUAUCUUCCCCGGAACGCUAGUGACGACCUUUGAUCUGGUGGUCGUGACCUUGAACUACCGUCUCGGAGUCUUUGGUUUCCUCAGCACCCUGACCCCGGACUGCCUCGGCAACUUCGGCCUGUGGGAUCAGAUCCGGGCUCUGGAGUGGGUCAGAGACAACAUCCAAGCUUUUGGGGGGGACUCCCAGGCUGUCACGUUGGGUGGAGAGUCAGCUGGAGCCUUUGACGCCUCAGUCUUAGCAUUAUCUUCCAGUGUGCAGGGACUGUUCCAGAGAGUUAUCGUCCUUAGUAAAGCCACGGGGCUCAGUGCAACAGGCUGGAACGAUAAUCCUCUCGUGGCCGCCGUCAAAGCUGCGAGCCCUACGAGGUCUUCCAAAUUAAACAGUACUUAGAGGCUAAACAAGUGCUAGAGAGAGACUAUCUUGUCAGCGUGCUGCAGAACGAAGGGUCCCUCGCCCAGGAUACUGCCAACGGAAAGAAAGAGCAGUCCGGCGACACCAGUAUAACCACGUCCAGCAUGUGCAUGAAAAUGAAAGCCACCACAGAGGCCUUAAUUGGCAAGGCGAAGGAACAUCAGACUGCCAACCUCUUCACUGACUCUGUUAUUACCCGGGAAAAAGCGAAGAAGCACAUUGAUACACGCAGACUGGCGAGGGGAGAUACAAAGCAGCAGACGUACGAAGAUUGUAUGAUAUUUUAG